UCCUUUUGAGGUAUGCCAAGUCAAAAGGUCACAAGCAGAGGGCAGGGGAGCAAUACAUGCGGUCACCCCCACCAGCACUGGUGGUGGAGCAAUCAGCAGCGCACAUGGAGUCGCUAGUAGCCAUGGGGUUUGACCGCGCAGCAGCAGAGGGGUUGCGCUCCGGAGAGCACGACCUGCUUCACUCACUCUCCUCUCCCGCCCCCGCCUCUACACCCCCACCCUCCCAUGCCAGCCCCCCCCACCAGCUCCGGUGGUGGAGCCAUCAGCAGCGCACAUAG